UGCUAAAAUCAAACAGCUCGAUCUCUUAGAUUUCGUUACUUCAUCGCCACAAAAAACCACAGGUCGCGCCUUUUAGAUUCUCUUCUUUCCUCUAUGGUUGCCACCAAAGCAUGGCUAUUUCUCUAAACUCAGUCUUGGGCUUCAAUUUAAAGUUGCAGGCUAAAUAUCAGCAUGCCUCGAGAUCCUCUGCUGGAGCUUCGGCACUUAAGGCGAACCCCAUCACAUUUCCCUUGCAAAUUUAUGGCUCCAGGGGACAUAUACAGCAAAAAAGAUGGGGAUUGUGUCUUUCAGUUGCAGACAGUGAUCGACUAGCUGCCAACAGCAGUGUUAAGGGUUCUGGAGAUGCUGAGAGGCCAGUUUCUGAUAAUCAAGUUGCAGCUCUGAAACCCACAUUAUUGGAUUCACCUAGAGGAAAUGGCCUGUUGGAAACUAAUGCUGAUAAUGAAUCUCCGUCUGAGACCUCUGAGACUAGUAAUGGUUCAAUGGUUUCGUCAAAUCUAAAGCAGGAGGCACCAUUGUCUCCUGGCUUGCAAUCCACAACAAAAAAGGCACCACUAACAGCAAAAGAGAGGUUAAGGGCAGCUCGGGUCCUCAGUCGUUAUGCAGAGUCAAAGCCAUCAAAAUCAGAGAUGGGCAGUAAAGUAUUAGAUGCUCUGAGGGAAAGUGAUAAAGGGAAGAAAAGAUCUCGCCUUCCAGAAGCACCUACAAAUUUGUUUGAUGACAGCAAGCGAGGUUUGCCGAAGCAAGGCCUCACGUUUCAGUUUCCAGGGGGUAGUGAUCUCUUUCUCAUCAUCUUUUCAUUUGUAUUUAUCAGCACAGUCAUGUUCACGACAACUUACAUAGUAUGGAAAGUUGGGGCCAUACAUUUUAAUGAGUACUAAGGUGGAGGGCAACCUGGUUCUGCAUCGUUGGAUAACCUAGCUCCUUGACACAUCAUUGAAGAUAACAUGUAUGAUUUAGGUAUUGCAGAUGCCCAACUGUCUCGUAGCAAAAAUUUUAUUUUUGAUGAGCCAUCUACACACGAAUGUACAAGGAAUUGUGUGGAUGAUGUUUAUUAUCAAUGCUAAACCUUUUCUGCCUGGUAUACGUUUGUAAUUCUUUUCCUUUGAAUAUUUUAACCCAAGUAGUUAAAUUAAUAUGGCAAGAGCCAGGUAAUUCCUAGAACUUCUGAGCUUAGUUCAUUUUAGCAAUAAAUGCUGCCUCUGAAUCUCCUUUUGUC